AUGAUUCUUUCAAAGUUUUCGUCACUUCUUGCACUGUUGUUGAUCCUUGUUGUUGCGUUCCAGGAACCGGCUUUGGCCUUAAAAAAGUCAUAUAUUGUCUACUUGGGGGCACAUAAUCACGGUCCAGAUGUCACUGCUGCUGAUUACCAGCGUGUGGAAGAUUCGCACACCGAGUUGCUCACUUCAUUCUUGGGAAGUGAGCAGAAGGCUAGAGAUUCGAUGUUCUACUCAUACAAGAGGAAUAUAAAUGGCUUUGCUGCACUUCUUGAAGAAGAAGAAGCUGCUGAGAUUGCUAAACAUCCAAAUGUGGUAUCAGUACUAGAAAACCAAGAUAGAGAGCUGCACACAACUCAUUCAUGGGAGUUUCUUGGACUCGAAAAGGAUGGCUUUGUUAGUCCGUCUUCCCUCUGGGAGAAAGCUCGAUAUGGCGAAGAUACCAUCAUCGCAACACUCGACACCGGUAUCUGGCCUGAAUCCAAGAGCUUUAGCGACGAUGGGAUUGGUCCCAUUCCUUCCAAGUGGAAAGGAAUCUGUCAGUUCGAAGGCCAUAAGCAACACCUUUGCAAUAGAAAACUGAUCGGAGCCAGGUACUACAACAAGGGGUUCGAAGCCGACUUGGGGACUCCCCUCAACACAUCAUUCCAAAACGCGCGCGACUUGGAGGGCCACGGGACUCACACCCUCUCGACGGCUGCCGGGAGCUUUGUCCCCUCGGCCAGCGUGUUUGGUGUCGGGAACGGUACCUCCAAGGGCGGGUCCCCCCGGGCACGCGCUGCCGUGUACAAGGUGUGCUGGGACGGCGGCCACUGCUAUGAUGCUGACACCAUGAAGGCUUUCGACGUGGCCAUCGACGAUGGGGUGGACGUGCUGUCGGUCUCCCUCGGAGGGGCUGAUAACGACUAUUUCAGCGACGCUAUCGCCAUUGCUUCCUUCCACGCGGUGCGGAGAGGAGUCUCCGUAGUGGCAUCUGCCGGGAACAGCGGGCCCAACCCCGGGACUGUGUCGAAUGUGGCCCCGUGGAUCAUAACUGUCGGUGCAAGCACACUCGACAGAGAGUUUGAUGCCGACCUCAAAUUGACGAAUGGCCGAGUGCUUAAGGGUAGAAGCAUUUCGAGACCGUUGCCGGAGAACAAAUUCUACCCUCUUAUUAGCGGGGCCGAUGCUAAAGCUGCCAAUGCAACCGAAGCAGAUGCUCAUCUCUGCAAACCAGAUACGUUGGACACGAAAAAGGCGAGGGGCAAAAUAGUUGUUUGCCUAAGAGGAGAUAACGGACGAGUUGAGAAGGGUGUGGUGGCGGCACGUGCGGGCGCUGUCGGGAUGAUUCUCUGCAACGACGUGUCUACCGGAGAUGAGAUCCUAUCUGACCCACAUUUUCUACCGGCCACGCACAUUGGUUAUGAGGAUGCCCGUAAUCUCGUUGCUUAUUUACUUAGUACCAAGUAUCCACAAGGUGUUAUUACGACUCCAAAGGUGCUGAUGAAUACGAAACCGGCACCUUUUAUGGCUGCCUUCUCGUCCAGGGGACCGAACACCAUUACCCCGGAAAUCCUCAAGCCUGAUAUCACGGCUCCAGGUGUUGACAUAAUAGCUUCUUAUACCGAGGGAACAAGCCCGUCGGAGUUGGAUUUUGACCACCGCAGGACGCCUUUCACUGUGAUGUCUGGGACCUCCAUGUCUUGUCCCCAUGUUUCGGGUGUUGUGGGCCUGCUCAAGACAUUGUAUCCCGAUUGGAGCCCGGCCGCAAUUAGAUCCGCCAUCAUGACAACCGCGAGGACUCGUGACAACACCGGUAAGCCAUUGUCGGAUUCUAGUCACGAAAAGGCCACACCAUUUGCAUACGGGUCGGGCCACAUCAGACCAAACCGCGCCCAGGAUCCUGGCCUGGUCUACGACGUGACGGUGAAGAACGUGGGCCGGCCUGGGAAGUACACCUCACGCAUCCGCCACCCGCCCGGUUUCACGGUCUCGGUGGAGCCCAACGUGCUGGAAUUUAAGAAAACCGGGGAGGAGAAGGUGUUUAGGGUGACUAUAAAGGCCAACAGAAGUGUCAAGAGUGGGUAUAGCUUUGGGGAGCUUUUGUGGUCUGAUGGGAGGCAUUAUGUGAGGAGUCCCAUAGUAGCUAAUCUCAACUCUAGCAAUUAA